CUAAAGAUAUAUAAUUAGGUCAAAUUGAGGGUUUUUUUUUUUUUUUUGUGUGUUUAUUUUGCAGCUACUUGAAGGGUUUAUAUAUUGCUCAUGAUCAGAAACAAAAGUCGGUCAGUGAUCAGUUGCAUGAAAUUAAACGCUGUGUAGAUCCACAGUGAUAUAUCAGAACAGUUGAUACAAGUUACAAUCAAGAUGCCUUGAACAUAAUCUGUGCAUAAAAAAAGAAUCAACAGGUUUUCUUAAAUCAAUAGAGGUAUUACAAAAAUGACUUUGGCACCUACAGUUAAGAUUGUUUUAGGGUCAACAGCCUUUGCAGUUUUCUGGGUAUUAGCAGUUUUUCCUGCUGUCCCUUUUCUGCCUAUUGGAAGAACAGCAGGAUCACUCUUAGGAGGCAUGCUUAUGGUAAUAUUCGGCGUUAUAUCCCCUGAUCAAGCCUAUGCUUCAAUUGAUCUUCCAAUACUCGGUCUUCUUUUCGGAACAAUGGUAGUUAGUGUAUAUCUUGAAAGAGCUGAUAUGUUCAAAUAUUUGGGUAAAUUACUAGCCUGGAAGAGUCAAGGACCUAAAGAUUUGAUUUUCAGAAUCUGCAUAAUUUCUGCACUUUCUAGUGCAUUUUUCACAAAUGACACUUCUUGUGUUGUUUUAACUGAGUUUGUCUUAAAGAUUGCUAGACAACACAAUUUGCCUCCUCAUCCCUUUUUACUCGCUCUUGCUUCAAGCGCGAAUAUUGGAUCAUCAGCAACACCGAUUGGCAACCCUCAGAAUCUUGUAAUCGCUGUCUUAAGUAAGAUUUCAUUUGGGGAAUUCUUAGUUGGGAUUCUUCCUGCUAUGGUUGUGGGUGUUGUUGUAAACGCGUUGAUCAUAAUACUCAUGUUUUGGAAGUUGUUGUCGACUCCUAAGGACGAUCAGGAAGAUUUGGGUUCAGAAUCGGUUGUUCAACAUGAAAUUACUUCUCAUAGAUUUUCGCCUGCGACAAUGUCACAUUUAUCUCCAUCUAGUUCAUUUUUAUCACAUAGUUCUCAUAUUCUUGCUGGUGCAAAUGGGUUUUCUGAUCAUAUGGAGACUUUAAGAAAUCGUCUUAAUGUGUCUGAUACUGAGAUUUAUAGUGUCAAUUAUUCGAGAAAAUCAGCUGAAUAUUCCUUACACCAAAAGGAAGGAAGUCGAGAUAGAGAUCGAGAUAGAAGUACUGAAAGAUCAGUUGAAACUUUAAAAGGAGAGUUCAUUACACAGUUGAAGCUAUUGUUAGGCAGGAAAGAAAUUAAUGAAAAGUGGAAGCAUGUUGUAUGGAAGAUGUUUGUGUAUGUUAUAACCAUAGGAAUGUUAGUUGCUCUGUUAUUGGGCUUGAAUAUGUCUUGGACUGCAAUCACUGCUGCACUUGCUCUUAUUGUGCUCGAUUUCAAGGAUGCUCGACCCUCAUUAGAGAAGGUUUCAUAUUCACUUCUAAUAUUCUUUUGUGGAAUGUUCAUCACGGUAGAUGGUUUCAAUAAGACAGGCAUUCCUGGUAAACUUUGGGAUAUCAUGGGGCCAUAUUCACAAGUUGAUAAUGUUGGAGGAAUAGUUAUCCUUGCACUGGUCAUUUUGGUCCUUUCAAACUUGGUAUCAAAUGUUCCAACUGUUUUGUUGCUGGGCGCGCAAGUAGCUGCAUCCGCAGCAGCAAUUUCAGCAUCCAAAGAGAGAACAGCGUGGUUAAUUCUGGCUUGGGUUAGCACUGUAGCCGGAAACUUAUCGCUGCUCGGAUCAGCAGCUAACUUAAUCGUGUGCGAACAGGCUCGACACUCCCCAUUUUUAGGCUAUAAUCUCACCUUUUGGAGACAUCUUAAAUUUGGAGUUCCAUCAACUAUUGUUGUCACUGCUAUUGGCAUGCUUUUGAUAAGAGGUUGACUACAUAUUUGCUCUUCAACUUGGUGUUUUAUUAUCACCAACCGAUCUUUUUAUAUGCAUUGAAAAAAUUGUAUAAUAAUUUACGACUCCAUGAUUUACUGCUCUGUAAAAGAUUAUGUAGAAUAUGUUUUGUAAAAUAUUAUCCUGCCAAAAUAUAUAAUAGUUUUAGUUAUCAAAGCUUUGUAAUUA